GUGGACCUUCCUUGUAAGAUGGCGACUUCUCAUUCGUCAGCCUGUGGCAGUUUGAAUUUCGUGCGGGCGGUAGCACGUCCUGUUAGCCGCUGAGCCGCUCUCUGCGGGCUAGAGCGGCGAGGUUUUUUUUUUCAGCCCUUGUUUUGGGACCCGCAGCCCCCACCGAAGCGCCAUGGCUCCGGCUAGGAAGGGCAGCAGUGGGGUGACCAAGGCCAACUCGUUACGGAGCCGGAAGCUCGCCUCCUUUCUUAAGGACUUCGAUCGUGAAGUGCAAAUACGAUCCAAGCAGAUUCAGUCGGACAAGCUGAACCUCCUCAAGGAGCUAGACAACAUGUACAACAUCGAGAUCCUGCGGCUCCCCAAGGCGCUGCGCGAGCUGAACUGGCUCGACUACUUCGCCCUUGGAGGAAGCAAGCAGGCCCUGGAAGAGGCAGCAACGGCUGACCUGGACAUCAGAGAAAUCAACAAACUAACAGCAGAAGCUAUUCAGACACCCCUGAAAUCUGCCAGAACACGAAAGGCGGUGCAAGUGGAUGAAAUGAUAGAGGAGGAAGAAGAAGAAAAAAAAAAUAAGAAACUUCAAACUGCCAAAGUCAAAAGGUGUCCUCCAUCCAGGAAGAGAACCCAGUCCAUACAAGGAAAAGGCAAAAGCAAAAGGUCAAGCAAUUGUAGCACUGUCACCCCGGCUGUGGGCCGGAUGGAGCUGUCGAUGGUGAAACCAACUCCAGGCUUGACACCCAGAUUUGACUCAAGGGUCUUCAAGACGCCGGGCUUGCGCACUCCAGCAGCCAGAGAGCGGAUUUACAAUAUCUCAGUGAACGGCAGCCCUCUAGCCGACAGCAAAGAGGUUUUCCUCACUGUGCCAGUGGGAGGUGGAGAGAGCAUGCGAUUGCUGGCCAGUGACUUGAAGAGGGUGGAUAUCGCACAGCUGGACCCAGAGGCCCUGGGCAACAUAAAGCAACUGUCUAGCCGUCUUGCCCAGAUUUGCAGCAGCAUACAGACUCACAAAUGAGGUUGCUAUUCCAAGAAGCCAGCUUGACAGGAUGGAUUUUCAGUGGGCACUUCUGGGAGCUUCUCCCCUUCAAGCUUAUGGUCUCUCUGAGUGUGAAGUUCAGAGCAGGAGCGGUGCUCCUCUCAGAGAACUCGGGACACAGGGAGGCACUGCUCCCCCAUCAGUUUCACUCUCUGCACCUCCCAGCCCAGGUGACAGACACUUCCUGCUGCGUGUACGCAGUCUCUCUGCCGAAUGGUCCUUCGGCUCUCAGAGCUGCCCCUUCCCUCCUCCUGUGAUCCGCCUCCCCACCCUGCCCUGACUCCAGUGCGGGCAGCACGGAGAACCUCAUGUUUUUGGAAAGACUGGCUACUCGCCCUCGUCGGAGAACCCUCUGCGUCCGACAUUCUCGCUGUGUGUGUGCUUGGGCCCGGGAGGUUUGGGCCCAGAGAAGUGAGAGUUCAGGACUGUUGAGGGGGCAGUUCCAGAAAGCUGGGAGGAACCGGACAGAUGGGGUCGGGACAGCGAGUCAGGGCCUGUCACCGCAGUGACCGCAGUGGAACACACCUCCCCCCCACGCCAUCCCCUCCUCCUGUGGACUCUCACACGUGCUGUCCUUUCCAGCUGAUAUGUGGAACAGUGUGUUAUGUUUCUCUGUUUACCGAAGACCAAAAAUUGGUGUGGAGGCGGUUUCCAUGGCUUGCUCCUCUACCUCUCUAGCUAGUGGGAAUUUGGUAAGGGACUUGUAGGGCUUAGAUUAGUCUGGGAAUUUGUGUGACUGGCUCUCCACGCCCAGAGGACCCUGCCAGGCCUGUAGACCUUGCAGCGUGCGCUUCUCUUACUGGCUUCACUGAGGGAGCAGGCGUAACUGGUGUGCAGCCUCGCUCCGAGUGUGGAGUUCCUGAGGGUCGGCACUGAGAUCCCUGCAUGCCAGCUGGUGCCUCCACUCCAAAGAAUCAUGGGAUGUGGUCCAAGAACACGGGACCCGAGCGUUCCCGCCCCAGGCCUGAGGGCCCACAGUUUUCUCACGUGUGGCUCUUUGCUGUACUCUGUAUCAUUUUGCUUCAUGACCAUUCUAGUAAUCCAGUCCUGUUUAAGUUGUAUUUUCAGGUUGUUUUAUUGUCCCUACCCUGAGACUUUUUGUACAUAAUGUUUUCCUGAGUAAUGUAAUGGUAUCUCUAAUCUGGUUUUUCUAAUCAGAGCUACUGAAAGGUACCUGUUUUCAAUAAAUUGUGAGU